AUGACUAUUCAAACAUCCAAGCUCUUUGAGCCGAUUACUCUUCAGCGGACUGGUGUCCCUUCCGAGCUGUCUAUCAAGUACUACAAGCAAAGAUCUUCUGACGGUGGUCUUCUCAUCUCCGAAGCUGUCGACGUUGCCAAAGAAGCCGGAUGCUACCCGUCUGUUCCUGGUAUCUACUCUCCCGAGCAGGUGGAAGUCUGGAAGAAGAUCACUGCCGCUGUUCAUGACAUAGGCGGAAAGAUUGUCUGCCAGCUUUUCGCAUCUGGCCGAGCCACCAUGCCUGGAGUUACUCCCGUCGACUAUGCUCCUAGCGACCUACCUCUACAGGGCGACCACCCUGACCUCGUCGUGACGACUGAAGAGGACAUUGAGCGAUUCUUGAAGCAUUAUGAGCAGGCCGCACGAAAUGCUAUGGGUGCUGGUUUUGAUGGUGAAGAGAUACACCGUGCAAAUGGGUAUCUCAUUGACCAGUUUACCCAACCCAUCAGCAACAAACGUACCGACGCCUAUGCCACCUCCACCUUCCUCUUCCCUCUCCGAUUCACACAAGUCAUCGUCGACGCUAUCGGUGCGGACAAAGUGGGCUAUCGCAUCUCUCCCUUCUCCCGCUUCCAAGAGGUCCGGGAGGCCGAUCCCUUGGGCACCUUCAUCCCGUUGGUUGAGAAGCUUCUUGAAGCUCAUCCGGAUCUUGCUUUCAUUCAUGCUGUCGAGCCUCGGACGGAAGGUGCCGGCAGCGUAGAGCUCGCAAAGGCAACAGACUCUUUGGAUCCCAUCAGAGACAUUGUCAAGCAAAAGGGAAAGGGAACGAAUUUUAUCGUGGCGGGAGGAAUUGAGCAUGGCUGGCCUUUGACACCCUACGAGCGAGACACCUUCUACACACAGGGUCCUGUCGGCUACAGCGACUACCCCUAUUAUAGUCUACUCCACCAGGAAGAGUCCUACACCUUUGGUGUACCUCAAGUUGUAUAG